GGCCAUUUAACUAAUACACCGCUGCGUGCAAUGUCCACCUAAUAGAUAACACCCUGUUACCUUAAAUCAACGUUGUUUUAUGUGUUAUACGAAAGUGAUCUGUGACAAAUUAUAAAAGUGAUAGUGUUAUGUGAUCGACAAUUUUUAAGUUAAUCAAUUGUUAUACGAUCUUCUGCACUCAAGCGUUCCGGAUUUUCUUAUUCAUAGAUAAAACGAAUGACGAAUAGAUCAUGCGAUGGAUACUACUUUACAUCUACAUUACCAUGGCCAACGCCAUGGAUAGAAUCAAUUUAUUCGACUUCUGGACUGAUUUAUUCCGGCCUCUACCACGAAACCCGAGGGAAGGAUUCAUGCCGGAUUACACACCUCUGGAUCAAGAGGAAUUCGAUUUUGUUAUAGUCGGUGCAGGUUCUGCCGGUUGUGUUUUAGCAAAUAGACUAACGGAACUACAGAAUUGGAGAGUAUUACUAAUUGAAGCCGGGGGCAAUGAAAACUUCUUUUCUGACAUUCCAAUAUUUGCUUCCUUUUUAUCUAUGACACCGAUGAACUGGAUGUACAGCUCAGAACCUGAGGAAAAAGCAUGUAAAGGCCUUAGAGGCAACGUUUGUUUCUUACCACGAGGUAAAGUUUUAGGUGGGAGUAGUGUUUUAAAUUUUCUAAUAUACCAAAGAGGUCAUCCAGAUGACUACGAUGAUUGGGCGAAAAUGGGUAAUAACGGCUGGAGUUACUCGGAAGUGUUGCCAUAUUUUAAAAAGUCAGAAAAUAUUAAAAUAAAUAGCUUAAGGAAUUCAACAUAUCACGGUCGAGGUGGAUAUUUAGAUAUAGAAUACGCUCCAUUUAACUGUCCAUUAGAACAGCUUUUUAAAAAGGCAGGAGAAGAACUAGGUUACGAAUGGAGAGAUCCAAACGGAGAGCAAGUUAUUGGGUUCUCCAAGCCUCAGGCUACUAUGAGAAAUGGUAGAAGAUGUAGCACUUCAAAAGCAUUCCUAGAACCUAUACGCUAUAGAAGUAAUUUGAAAGUUUCAAAACAUACUAUAGUCGAUAAAAUAUUGAUCGAUCCGCUCACCAAAACUGCUUAUGGAGUUGAACUUAUAAAGGAAAAGAAAAGGUUAAAAGUACGUGCUCUCAAGGAAGUGAUAUUGGCUGCUGGUUCGAUUGGUUCCGCCCAACUGCUUAUGGUGUCUGGAAUCGGUCCCGAAGAACACUUACGCGAGAUGAAAAUUGAACCUGUGGUAAACCUCCCUGUUGGUUACAAUCUUCAAGACCAUGUUACCUUCUCAGGAAACGCCUUCAUAGUUAACGAUUCUAGUCUCACUAUGAAUGAUAUGGUUGCAGCAUCACCGUUAUCUGCAAUCGCGUAUUUAACAGGACGCGGACCUUUGACCUUGCCUGGAGGUGCAGCUGGUCUCGCUUUCGUUCGUUCAGCAUUCGCAACGGAUGAUCAUUCAACUACCCGACCUGAUAUCGAACUGGUGAUGGGAAGCGGAUCGCUCGCUGGAGAUUUAUUGGGCAUCUUGAGAAGUUUAUUAGGUGUGACCGACCAAUGGUACUACCGUGUAUACAGCUCAUUACCAAUGAAUGUACGGCAGAGUACAUUCGCCCUUAACCCGGUACUAAUAAGGCCACGCAGUAUUGGUCGGAUUAAGCUGCGUUCUUCUAACUUCUCAGAUCAUCCAUCUAUACUUAUGAACUAUUUCGACGAUCCUAAGGACUUAAAAGCUUUAGUGAACGGAAUGCGACUUAUUCAACAAGUUAUAGGAACAUCACCAUUUCAAAAAUACGAAACUCGAUUACAUGAUGUCCCGUUUCCCGGAUGCGAAGACUUACUAUUUGACUCUGAUCAAUAUUGGGAAUGUGCUAUAAUGCAAACUGCAAUCACUUUAGACCACCAGGUCGGCACAUGUAAAAUGGCGCCAGAGGGAGACCCAUCAGGUGUUGUGUCUCCACGGUUACUUGUUCAUGGCAUCCGAGGGCUAAGGGUUGCCGACGCGUCAAUUAUGCCGCGUAUCCCAGCGGCACACACCAACGCUCCUGUUAUCAUGAUCGCAGAAAAAGCAGCAGACAUCAUAAAAGAAGACUGGAGAUUACCAAUAGAUAUGACAAAUUUUAUCGAUAAUUUAUAAUAAAAGCAAAAGUA